CAUGGUUGUGUGAUUUUGGCUGCUGGCUGCUGGCUUGUGCAAGGGCCAGCAGCUUAUAUGCGCCGAAAUCUAGAAGCCAUUUGAGUCCGUUGGCGCCCGUUCAAGCCACUACAGACAUCAACAACACCAAACACCAUCUCUCCACGCAACACCCCAGCGCACUAGAGAUAACAGCCUCGUCUUGCAAGCCACGGCCCUCGGCACCCCUACACUCCCCUUGUCCCAUGUCAGACCGCACGGACCAUCUAGCAUCGACACGAUAACCGUCAGCAUCAGUAGUCUCACAAAAUGUUGUACAAUACUCCAAGAGUCCAAAUAACGUCGUGCUUUUCUAUGUAGGCGGGCCUUGUGUGAUACAUGUAAAACGCCAAACGCCGUUGAAGAUCUGCGCUGGAUCGACGUGGAGAACAGCAACAUGCCGAUCCGGUUCAACUGGGAGACGCUGCUAAACAAGCAGAAGUUUGUGGUACGCCUCAAUCUCUUCCGCGGUAGGCCCCGUCCAUCUAUCGAUACGCUUGGCUUGGUGUACCCGAUCGAAUCCACCCCGAUCGUGAUUGGGCCCUCUUUGGUAGACCCUCACCCUUGUCUACAAGUAUUUGUUACAUUGUAUAUACCUGUGGAGCCUGCGGGCCUUCGGGCGCUCGGGCAUAGCCACUUAUGAUUAUUCUACGAACUCGGCA